CAAGACACCAAUCUUCCUCUGCUUUUCUGUCCUGCAAUACCACGCAUGGUCUUCGUGUACUGCAAGACAGCAUAGCACGGGCAUAUACAUGCCUGGAACGGUCCACUUGCGCACCGAGUAGCGAGACGCCCCUGCUAGCCAGGUACUGAGAACCUGCGAAGCAACGCACAUAUAUCGUUGGCAAGGUUCACCAUGGAACCCUCCGCUGCCUCUGUUCCUUCCUCCCGUCGACUUUCGCCGGCUCGAAAAUCAAAUGCUUCACAUCACCAGCGCUCGAUAUCGGACAAUGCCUCUCUGCAGGGCCAGGUGGUGACCAACCGUCAGGGUGCCUUUCCCUUCUCGUUCAUCCGCUCGUUCCAAACGAACCCAUCGUCCACGACUCUCGUACACUCCGUUGCCGAGGGCAAGGCCAUUCCCGUGGACAAUUCGACGGCCGAGAACCGGACGUCUGCGCUCAGGGAGCUCAACAAUAACUAUCCCAGCCGCCACCGCUACGAGCGUUCAACAGGUGCGCGAAGCACAACCUACUCCGAACCUGUCAUUGUCCGGAGUUACUACGCACCCCAGAACAACAAACCGAUAAGCACUUCUCGUAGAGGUGUCGUUGUCCACGGAGGCCCGGGCACAGUCUCACAGAGUGGGGAAUCCGCUACUGCUCGCGGCCGUAGCAUGCCCUUUGCGAGCUCCGUAACGACCGCCAGAAACGGAAUGCUUUCCAAACUAGCCCGAGGCGCCGGGGGGAAAGGAAAUGGACCUAGUCCCGCGGACGAGACCAAGCUGCCCCCCAUCGAGGCUUUCACCUUUAAAGGUUUCAUGGCCAACAUGGACACGCAGGAGGCUGGGAGUGAUAUCAAUGCUGACCUUGACCGCAUCGCAGAAAUCUGUGCGAAAUCCAGAUACUCGCUGAGCAAUCAGUACGAAGUGCAUUACCAUCCUCACGGCUCUGGCUCGACCUUUGUGGGCUCGCCAAACGGCAACGAUGGGCAGGGACCGACGUUGCAAGUGAUCACAUCUGAUGACGAUCGAAGUUCGAGACGUUCUCGAAAGAGACGGAAUGGAGCUAGGCGGAGCAGUCGGGCCAUGGGCACAUUGGAGACCAUCAUGUCCUCGAGCCGGUCCUCGGACGAAGACAAGUCUAAGAAGAACAAAUCGGCAGCCGAACUCGCCCGCGAGGUGCGCGGCAGAGCUAUCGAGCGAGGUUCAGGGCGUGCGUCACCUGUCUCAGCACGCAGCACCACGACAGACGACGACCAAAGUCCGAUGGCACCAAAGACUCCACAGGGUAGGAGGUCAGCAUCCCUCGCGCUCAUCGACAGCUCCAUCAAUGUGCAGUCAAACGUCGACACGACAUCACCCCGCAACUCGAGCAGUGCGCUGCUCAGCGAGCCAGCUCAUCCAAAAGCCUCGACGAGCCAACUGGAGAUCCGCACAGUCCCCGAGAGGGAACAGAACAAGGAGAAUAUUCCUCCGCCCCCCGCGAACACUGUGUCACAAGUCUAUCGAAACUCGGCGAAAAGGGCACCGUUACCGGCUGAGCAGCCCGGGACACCCCAGGGCUUCAUCUCCGCGUUGACCGGUUGGAUGCCGUGGCGCGCGGGAGAGACUGCUGCCCCCAAGGCCGCCGGGCGAGCAGAGGGCAGUCUUCGCGAGCUUUUGCGCUCGACGGAUACGAAAGGGAAAGGUGUGCAGAGGGGUGCUAGCUGAGCUUCUGAAGAAGGACGACCUUAUGACGACUUAUGAUAUUUAUGAGAAACGACACUGGGCACGAACAAGCCCAAGUAGUGGCCAGCAUUGUAUAUACAUCUAGUGUUGGUAGACAGCACUUGAAGAAAUGACCAAACAUGACUGCGUCUGGAAAUGGCAUUGUGUGCACCAUGACUCUUACCGAGAGGAUUAUUGCCCC